AUGGCACUUUACCUGGCCCUUGGCUGUACAGAAAAGGUGCGGAUAAAGGGCCGCCAGAAAACUGGUCCAGCCCCCUUACCCUGCCCACCAGCUCCGCAGCCGCCCGCGCGCCCUGGGUUUCCAAGGCGGCUGGCAUCCUCCCCCCUCUCCCGCCCGCCCCUCCCGGGCGCGAGCAGCGGUUCGAGGGCGCCACCUGGCGGCCUUGCAGGGAGCAGUCCGGGCGGAGGGUCUGCGCCGCCGCCCCGUACCUCCACGCACUCUACCGCAGCCCUCUGUGCGGAAUUUUCCGCGCCCAAGCUCUGCUCACCCCAGUCUAGUCGCAAACCCGGAAGUGUUGCCUUUAAAGAUGCGGAGGACAAAACACUAUAUAAUAAUCUGAAGCAGAUAUUUUUCUGCAUACAAGAGCAGAGGGACAUUGGAAGUAGCAAGCAUCAAGUUCCUUUUACAAAGCCCUGUCAGUAUGAAAUGCAAAGAGCCACAGGUGAGCAACACCCAGUGCCUGCAAUCAACAAUGAAAGUGAGGAGCCAGAAGCAUCUAAGAUCCUGCCACUCCCUUGCUUAUAGUCAUUCACCAACAGCAAUCACCAACAGGAUGCAGCCUGCUUCCCUCAGCAAGACAGGGAUGGCUUCCAGCAUCUGUUUACCAGUUUUGUCUGUUUCAGCAUCACACAGGGCAAUAGCCAUGACAUAUGACAGACAUCUCUUCUUGUCAUCACCAGCCUUGCAGCAUCCAUUGUUCUUUCAUCCCACCUAACUUGCAGCCCUCCUUCAAG